GCACUUUAUUCUUGUGUGCCGUGCAAGAUGGAAGCUCAAGUUGAGGCUCAUGACGCCCACCCAAACUCCUUACAGAACAUUUCUGCUCUGCUGUUGAAUCAGCAUGGCAAAGUUGGAUCAGCAUUGGCAUCAGGAGAGGCUGUUGGUGACGCUGACAGUUCUGGAGCGUCCAGCUCAAAAAACAUCAGGCUUGAGUGUUCCCAGCAUGGAUUGGCCCCUGCAGGUGCAGGCCAACUGCAGCAGCAGCACAUUGAUCUAGAACAUCCUACUUCAGGACCCGCCCACUGCUCAAAAUAUACCUCUAAUUCAGGAAGUGGACUAUUGCAGUACAUUAAUGCUGAGCAUUUCUUAGAAAAUUCAUUUAAAUUCCCUGACUAUGAACAAUCAUGUACUGCAAGAAAAUCACUGCAAGAGCAUAUCAACAGCAAUCAUAUGAGAAGAAGUGAACACCAAUGCCAAUUCUGUUUGAAUUCAUGUGCUACUGAUGCUGAUCUCAAACAACAUAUUCUCUUGCAUCAUCCUCAGAGAAAUGCACAGAAAAACCUGAGGGGUAAAUGUGUGGGUAGUUGCAAGGAAAUCUUGCACAAGCAUUGCCUUUCUAUAUGUUCAUCAAUGAAGAAGUUUCGAUGCUCAGAGUGUGAUUAUGCUUGCAGCAGAAAACAGACCUUGAAAAGUCAUUUGCUUUACAAACAUUCAACGGAAAAACCUUUUCAAUGCACUGAGUGUGAUUAUGCUUGCACCACAAAAUGGGACUUGAAAAGACAUUUGCUCUACAAACACUCAACACAAAAACCUUUUCAAUGCGCUGAGUGUAAUUAUGCUUGCAGCACAAAAGGGAACUUGAAUAGUCAUUUGCUCUACAAACACUCAACAGAAAAACCUUUUCAAUGCACUGAAUGUAAUUUAGCUUGCACCACAAAAAAGGGCUUGAAAAGACAUUUGCUUUACAAACACUCGACAGAAAAACCUUUUCAAUGCGCUGAGUGUGAUUUUGCUUGCACCACAAAAAAGGCAUUGAAAAGUCAUUUGCUCUACAAACACUCAACAGAAAAACUUUUUCAAUGCGCAGAGUGUAAUUUUGCUUGCACCACAAAAGGGACAAUUCUCGUGAACGUGUGA